ACAGGCGUAAAGUCCAAUAGGAACGCAGCCUUCAGCGGCGCGGGCCAAUCGGCGCGCACGAGGCGGGCGGCCAUGACAGUGGGCGGGCCGGGGCGGCUCCUCCCGGCUGGUGGCGGCGAAGAUGGCAGAUUUCCUGAAGGGGCUCCCAGUGUACAACAAGAGCAACUUCAGCAGGUUCCAUGCGGAUUCCGUCUGCAAGGCUUCCAACCGCCGGCCCUCGGUGUAUUUGCCCACCAGAGAAUUCCCCUCGGAACAGAUUAUUGUGACAGAGAAGACAAACAUCCUCCUGCGCUACCUCCACCAGCAGUGGGACAAAAAGAAUGCGGCCAAGAAGCGGGAGCAGGAGCAGGGCGAGCUGGAGGGCGAGAACUCGGCCCCGCCGCGCAAAAUCGCCCGGACCGGCAGCCAGGACAUGACCGAGGACACUUAAAAAAAACAAAAACCUGGGAAUUCGGGAAUUCCCCAGGCUCUUCCCGCUUUUUUUUCGCCUCCCCCGACCCGCUGGGAAUUCCCAGGACCCGCCCUAUUUAUUUGGGAUUUGCCUGGUUCUUGGUUUGUAUUUAUGGGGUUUUUAUGGAGGGGGGGGGGGGGUUUGUUCGUCCUUGGGGGUCCUCGUUCCCAAAAUUCCUGGUUUUUCUGGGGUAUCCCAGAGUUUCUCAUUCCCCAGAAUUCCUCCUUUUCUUCCUGGGAUGGCCCAGAAUUCCUGAUUCCCCAAAUUCCCCCUUUUCCCUGCCAUUCCUGGGAUUUGCUCCUCGGAUCUCCCAGGAGGGCUCAUUCCCGAAAAUUCCACUUUUCCUGGGGUUUAUUCCCUUCCCAAAAUUCCCUUUUCCCUGGGAUUCCUUGGAUCUGCUCCUUGUGAAAUCCCAGAUCAACCCUUUUUUUUUUUUGUUUUCCCCCAAAAUUCCACUUUUUUUGGGGGGAUUCUUAGGAUCCACCCCAGAAUUCCCCAUUCCCAAACCCCCACUUUUUCUGGGAUCUCCUCCCUUCCCAAAAAUCCUUUUCUCCCAGCAUUCCCCACAUCCCCUCCCUAUAAAAUUCCAGGAUUUUUUUUUUUUCCUUUCACAUCCCCUUGGAGGAAUUCCCAGGAAUCCUUUGGAUAUUCCCAACCACGACUGUGAGGCCUUUCCCAUUUUUCCAGAAAAUUCCCAAGCCCUUCCCAGGCUCCCAUCAUGGCUGGAGCCCAUCCCUGGGAAUUUGGAUCCCGGGAUUUUUUUGAGGGGGGGGGGCUGGAUCCAUGGAAUUUUUUCCCCCCCACCCUUUGGAAAAGCCGGGAACGUCGAUCCUUAAAUCCCGAUUUUCUCCCGGAUCCUCUCCGAGGGAUCACUCGGAAUUCCCAGGACUGGGAGCGGCCCCCGGAUCUGGGAGAAUCCCAGCUGGAAUUCCGGGAAUCCGGGCUGGAAUUUGGGGUCUGGGCUGAAAGAAUCCAGGUUGGAAUUCUGGAAGAAUCCAGGAUGGAAGAAUCCCAAGAUGGAAUUCCAGGAAUCCAAGAUGGAAUUUGGGAAUCCAGGACGGAAUUCCAGGAAUCCAGGCUGGAAUUUGGGAAUCCAGGAUGGAAGAAUCCAGGCUGGAAUUGCAGGAAUGCAGAGCCCACCCCCUGCUCCCCAAAUCCUCGGGAUUGAGACAAUUCCCAGCCGCCUUUCCGGGACCAUCCGGCGCCUCGGGAUCCACGGAGAACCUCGGCAAAGGACGGGAUGAUCCCAAAAUUCCAACUGCUUUUCCACGAGGAGCUGAUUCCCACAGGAAUCCCGGAAUUCGGGGCCUUUCUCUCUCCCCUUGGCUGGGAAACCCGGAGGGAUUUUUCCAGAAGAUUCCCAGAAUCAUUUCCCGCCUCUGACUCCGGGGGGGUUCCUGCCGCCCCUUUUCCCGGGAAAUCCCGGAUCCACCCUCGGAAUUCCGGGCUGGGAAGGGCCUUGGGAGGAGCAGGACACGGAAUUCCCGGAAUUUGGGACUGGAAUUCAAUCCAGAACUUUGGCUCUGCCUCCGUUUUUCCCAAUUUUUGGGGUUUUUGUUUUUUGUUUUUUGUUUGGUUUGUUGUUUUUUUUUUUUUUAUGGAAGCGACUUUGGAAUUCCUGGAAUGCGGUGUUGGGGGGGUGGGGGGAGGGGAAGGACAAGCGGAAUUCCCGGGAUUUUGGUCAAGUUUGGGAUUUCCAGCUGGAGAACUCCGGGGAGGAGCCGGAUUUGAGGGAUCUCCGGGAGGAAUUCCGGGGUUUCCAGGAGAGGAGGGCGGAUCCCGGCGUUCCCGAGGCUCGGGAAUGUUGUUCCAUUAAAGAGUUGGCACUUCC